AUGAUAUUUUCAGGCUCUGAAGCUCUUCACGUGCUUCCUUCUGAAAGGGUUGCAAUUCUGGUCAAUGACUUAAAGGUUACUGUGGGUCCAAAAGAUGCAGAGAGUGGCACGAUCUCAAUUCUCGACUCAAUUUCCUUUGAUCUACCACAUAGCAACUUGAUGGCAAUAAUGGGGGGCUCAGGCUCCGGGAAAACAACACUUCUCAAUGUUUUGGCUCAGAGGACAAACGUAAAUUCUGCAUCGUUGAAAUUUUCGGGCUCGGUGACAUAUUCGUUCCCGCAAACCCGUGAAAAAAACAGAAUUUCCACUGCCUACAUGGUCCAAGAGGACUUCUUCAUGCCUGGGCUCACCCUUGGAGAGGUGUUGAAAUAUCAAGCAGAGCUAAGGCUUGGAAAUGUUACAAAAGAAGCUAGGUCUGAGCUCAUUGACACUUUGCUAGAACUCUUAGAACUAGACCGCAGACGAAAUGAAAUUGUGAAAUCGUUUACGGGGCAGGUCAAUCUUUCUGGUGGUGAGCAGAGAAGACUUUCACUAGCUAUCCAGUUGUUGAGUCGACCACAAGUUCUCUUCUUAGAUGAACCCACUACGGGUCUCGAUACGUCCUCGGCAUUGACCCUUGUAUCUGUCUUGAAGAAACUAGCGUCUCCAGAGAUUGGUAUAACUAUUAUUCUCCUGAUCCACCAGCCUCGUGCGGAAGUCAUGUCGCUUUUUGACAAACUUUGUGUGUUGACUCGUGGGGGUAGGCUCGUAUACUUCGGGUCCUUGGCAGCAUCUACUGGUUUCUUUACGGGGUUGGAAAGCACAGGCAUGAUUCUGAAAGUUGAUUCCGCUCGGGACUCGUUCAGUGUUUUCAAUAAAAUAAUGGCCGUUCUGGUCAAAGAUACUACUUCUAUAGAGAAGGAAAUUGAAUCCUCUAGAAUCACAGAUGCGCUCGUGCAACAUUGGAGAGCACAACAUCCUUCCAACUGCAUCUUGUCACCAUCAGAGCAGAAACAAAGGUUUCAUGAAAAUCUUAAAGUGUUUAAGCCGGCUGAGCCCUUGCCAUUAUACAAAGAAAUAUCUGUUCUUGCGAGAAGAUCCACUUUAAUUUCAAUCCGGGACAAAGUUUCUCUUCUCACUCUUCAUGGGGGUGGCGCCAUUUUGGCUGUUAUUGUUGGCUGGUUAUUUUUCAAGCCUGAUCCAAAUAUUUCGGGUAUUCGCUCAAUAACCUCAUCCCUCUACUCACUGUUGGAAGUAAUUGGGAUUUCUCCGUUGACCAUGGAAGUGUCAAGACUCUGGGCUGCGGAUGGGAUUCAGUUUAUCAAAGAGUACAAAGAACGGUGUGUUUCCAUAAAAGGGUAUGUUAUUUCAAGAAGAUUGAGCAAAUUUUUUGUUGAAGAUGUUCCCCUAGCUUUGAUAUUCUCGGUCAUUACAUACUUCAUGUGGGGUCUCAGGCUUGGUGAUACGUACAAAGAUUCGGGGGAUGGAAAGUAUUUUGGAAUCUAUUUCACAAUCAUUCUUAUCGUGGUUAUUUGUGGAAUGUCCUUGGGCUUGUUAUGUUUCGCCCUAACGUCCUCUUUCUCAUUGUGUCUCAUGCUCGUUAAUGUGGUUUAUCAGCUACAAAACUCAGGUUGUGGAUAUUUUGUCAAUGCGGCAACAAUGCCUGUUUAUGUUCGUUGGGUUAAGUAUAUUGCUUUCUUCUGGUACGCAUUUGGGGGGCUCACCUCAAACCAGUACACUAAUUGGGAGGGAAAUUGUCCGUAUACUUCUGGCAGCAGCGAGUGUGUGGAAUACACUGGGGAUUACCAGCUUGAAGUGCUCGGGUUCCCACAGAAUUGGGCAGGUGCCGCCAUUGGGUACUUGAUAGCUUGGUUGUUUGGAUUCAACAUUUUGACAAUGAUUGCAUUCUAUUUCAAGAGCUAUGAUGUGGAGAUUGCAAAGAAAAAGAAAAAUCGUAUUGGAGGUGAAUCUGCUGAACCCCACUCCCUUGAUCUGCUUUUGUCGGCAUCUCUGUCAAACGAAAAAGAUGCCGAUAUGCCUUCUGGACCUUCCAUCCAAACAAAAAACAUUACUUUGAGUGUGAAAGUAAAAAGUUCUCAAAAAAUGUUAGCUGCCAAGACUCCCAGGGUGUUGCUUGACAACGUUACAGCAGACUUCAGAUCUAAUUCUGUUAAUGUUAUCAUGGGUCCUUCAGGCGGUGGAAAAACGACGUUCUUAAACUUCAUGGCCUCUCGACUUGGCAACUCAUCAUUUUCUAGCAGUGGUCAGAUAUUCUUGAAUCAUUGUCAAGAGGUGAAACCAUCCAUGUUAUCAAAGUUAUCAGCAUACGUCACUCAGACAGAUAAUCUCUUGAUUCCUCAACUUACAGUCAGAGAAACAUUGUACUACCAAGCAUGCUUGCGUUUGCCUGUCUCGUAUCACAAGAACAUUCCUAUGUAUCUCAAUGAACUAAUGAGACUGACAGGAUUGGUUGAUUGUGCAGAUACACCUAUUGGCUCUGAAUCGACUAAAGGUAUUUCUGGAGGAGAGAAAAGAAGAGUAUCGAUCGCUAUUCAGCUCCUUGGUAAACCUCGAAUUCUAUUCUUGGAUGAACCUACCUCAGGACUCGAUUCAGCCACUUCUGCAUCUAUUUUGGUGCUUUUGAAGCAAUUGGCACAAUCCGGGACAACUAUCAUAACAACUCUACACCAGCCAAGUAAGGAAAUGUUCUCGCAAUUUGAUACUUUAACGCUUCUUGCUCGUGGAGGGCACGUCGUUUACGAUGGAACAACAAAUAGUCUUCCCAGUUAUUUGGCGUCAAUUGGCCAUCAAUGUCCCCAACACAAUAACAUAGCCGACCACAUUCUUGACUUGCUUUCAUUGAAGUGGGGUGAGUCUGCUGAUCAAUUACAAGCUCGUGUUGAGUACUUAAUUCAGCAAUGGGAUGAUAAAGUUCUGCUUGAUGAGGAUCAAAAAAUUGGUCUGGAGAUAAAUUUCAAAACUAUCAAAAGGCCUGAAAUACCUUGGUAUGUUUUGUUCAAGGCUGUGGUAAGUAGACAAUUUGUCGUCUCUUUCCGUGCCGUUGAUAUCUUGGUGGCUCGUCUUUGGACUGUGGUGGCAUUGGCUUUGAUCUACGCUGUGUUUUUCUCACCUCUCAGAAACACACAAGAAGGCAUCAGUAACAGGCUUGGGUUAACGCAAAGUAUUGCAAACUUAUACUUCUGUGGUUUGGUAAACAACCUUUCCAUCUACCCAUCCCAGAGAGACUUGUUUCAUCAGGAGUAUAAAGAUAAUACCUAUGGAGUGGCUAUAUUCCACAGUGCAUACUUUUUGGUGGAGCUUCCUUUCGAGAUAAUUCCAAGUGCAUUUUUCUCUGCGUUGGUUGUUUUUGUCAUUGGUUUACCUAGGACACCAGAGAUGUAUUUCGCCAUCUUUUUCUGCUCAGCAUUAUCGAUUAAUUGUGGUGAGGCCGCGGGUAUCUUCUUCAACAGCAUCUUCAAUCACAUGGGCUUGGUGACCAACCUUCUCACAAACAUAUUUGUUGUCGGUCUAUUUAUGGCGGGUACUAUGUCUUUACAAAUGCCGGAGUUUUUUAAAGCCUGGAACUACAUAAAUCCCGCUAAAUAUCUCGUGCAGAUAUGUACAAACUUGGGGUUCAAAGACCAGAUCUUCGAAUGCGCAGACCUAACCUGCUCUUUGAAUUCUGGAGAGGCAGUUCUCGAGGAAUACGGGCUCGAGGCUGAUCUUCUGUCGCUGUUUGGGGCAUUUGUUGCGUGCUUAGUGGUCUACAGAAUUAUAUCUGUGUCAACAGCGUACUUCAGAGUUCGGUACUUCUGA